AUGGGAGUUCCACAACCAAUAGAAUUACAAGCUCAAACUGGCAACUUUAAAUAUUUUACACUUAAAGAAGAGAUCAAUUUGGAUGAAAGUACAGAACAACUUGUAAAGGAUGUUCCACAACUUUCAGUAUGGGGAUGGUUUCCACCAGUUCAAAACUAUCUCAACAAAAAGAUUCAAAAAAAUAGCAACAAUAGUGACAAGAUUGGAUUGAAAAAGUUUGAAAAUGGAGGUCUCGACAAGACAUUGGGAUUCCGUGCCACCACCUCUGACAUAUUGGAGACCAAUAGCAACAGUAGUGUAAGUGAUGACGACAUCACUCUCGAUGGCAUCAACAAACCUGGUUACCAAAUCGAAUUUCCAUAUCAGGUUAGCGGCGGUGCUGAAUUUGAUAACGUUUCUAGUAGUACUCAAAAAUAUCAAAAAUCAAACGAUAACACAGUCUAUCCUUAUUCUCCUGUCUACUCUGACAUUACCUUUUCAAUACUCGUAGGAGUUGUCUGUAUAUUUUCUAUAACCUUUUCAUUUUUAGUUGGUCCAUUGGUAUUAGUAACUUCAUAUGUAUCUCUUUGUCUAGCACCAAGUAAUAGAUGGUAUUUAUAUUCAAUAACUGCCUGUGCAAUCGGGUUGGGAUUAUGUAUCCCAUCGUUUUUCAAUGCCACAGGACAAGUUGUAUUGGGUAUCGACCUUCACUUGUGGGACACUGACUUGUUCAGAGGAGAUAAGACACUCAUGGGUUGGGUUUUCCCUCUCGGUCAAUUGGGUUUGUUUGUCCAAGACAGCAGUUGGUUUGGUCCUUCUUCAUUUAUUGGACGUCUCUCGACCGAAAUCUUCCAAAUCUCCUACAUCUCUUAUUAUAUUUGGGGCUACUUUAUGGAGAUUUACAUUUUAUACAAGCUUUGGAGAGCUUCAUUGUCUAGCGACUUGGAAGAACGUAAAACAAUCUCCUUGUGGGAUCAAAGAUUAAAAAUGUUUAUUUGUUCUUGGAUUAGUACCUAUUUUGUUUGUUUCUCAAUUAAUUUAAUGUUUCCUGCUGAAAGUCCAAGAGUAUUUUUACAAGGAUAUUAUGAUACAAAAUUAGUUGGAUUUGGAUUUGCAGGAUGGAUUAGAGGUUUGAUUGAUCAAGGAGCAACUGGAAGUUUUGGUAGCUUCCCAAGUGGUCAUAUUGCCACUUCAUGGGCCGUAGCUUUUGCAUCAUAUAAGAUCAUUCCAACCUAUGGAUACGUAUCUGCUACUGCCGCCUUUUUAAUUACCAUUGCCACAAUGUAUCUCCGUUACCAUUAUUUUGUUGACUUUUUGUGUGCAGUUCCCGUUGCCUUUGUUUGUGUAAUGUAUGGUGGUUUCUAUUCUCUUGCUGAUAUUAGAAACGGUAUUUCCAAUAUCUACCAUGGCAUUAAAAACAAAAUCUCCUCCAAAUCUAAAAACGAUGAUAUAAUAAAUACUCUUUAA